UCCGACUAGAUUUUCUAACCUGGCCGAUCGAGAUCUGCCCGAUUUCAGGCUAGAUAUCGUUGGCCAGGCCUGUCGGAAGUGCUCAUACACGGGCCGAUUAGCUGCCAAAUCAGUCCAAGGGACCGAUAUCAGCAGCUACUGUCGGCCCGUGUAUGGGGACCUUUAGUCCUCAUGUGGCAUGGAAACAUGUCUGCAUCAGAAACUUAUGGGUCAUGACUAGUUUAGUUACUUAUAAUUGGUGCCGAUAUAUAUUAUAUAUGGUGGCAAUAUAUUGGUUAGGGUUAAGCAUAGCAAGUAUUGGUUGCCAGAUUUAGUUAAGGAUAGCAACAGGGUAGAAAGGUUAGUGAUGGGAAAAGUCAAACUAUAUGAGCAGGGUGCUCAGUCAGGGCCUUGCCACUUCAUUGUCUCUACCAGGAGGUAAAAGAGUUGUCAUGGCACCAGAUAGUCCCAGAGGAGACCGCCUGCAGGAUGUUCUUCACUGUAUACAGUUCAAACCAGGGAAGUGAUGAAAAGCAUUCCAUCCAUAAAUGUGGCAGUGCCAGUGUGCCCCAGGAUACUACAGCUUUUCUGUUAACCCAAGAUCGGCUUAAGAAAAAAAACUCAGACUUUUACGGCAGCAGAGCAUUGCUGACAAAGAUAUUAAGAAAGAAGCUCCCAACUAAUGGAAUCUCCAGGGCAUCUACCACAAGCAGGGGAAGUCACUCUGGGAAAUGACCAUACAUGUUCCCGCCAUCGCAAAGGCUGACAUUCACAGUUGUUCCAGCUAGCUGACUUUCUUUGCCAGGAACUGUAAUACCUGUUUUUCAGCCAGUGCUAACGCAUUAAAACCAAUGGCCAAUGCUCUUUCUGCACAAGGACCUCCCUUUACUUUUCUACUGGUGCAGGGACAGUCCGCUUCACACUGCUGGACCAAGACUAGAUAAGCAGUUUAUAGGUACCAGAUCAAUGGAUAUUUCUAUUUUAUUACCCUGCACCAAAUUAACAUGCAUGUACAACUCCUGGCAGAGUUGGCUCACAGAACUCUGAAUCUGACUCAUCAGCCACUCCAGGAAAUGCUGAAAGCUCAUCAGAGGGUUUCAUUUGUCCGCUGUGUAUGAAAUCCCAUGCAACAGCUGAAGAACUUUUUGUGCACUAUGAAGCAUCUCACGAACCUGCCAAUGACCCUGGUCAAGGAGGAGAAACCAAUCUGUCGCCAAAAAGAGAUGAAGUGCUCUUACUUCGUCAGGAAGUCAAAGAUUUACAGACCUCAUUAAAGGAAGAAAAAUGGUUUUCAGAAGAGUUGAAGAAAGAGUUGGAAAAUGUUCAAGGGCAACUGAAGCAAAACACAAUUUCAGAUGGGAUGACCACAAUUGCAGCUACAGAGCUUCAGUCUUUAGAACAGAAGUUAGAAGAGGCCCAGACAGAAAUGUUUAAUAUAAAGCAAAUGAAGGAUUUAUUUGAACAGAAAGCAGCUCAACAGGCUACUGAAGUAGUUGAUUUAAAGGCAUCAUAUGAUGAAGAGAAGAGUAACUUGGCAGCUGCACGGGAGAAAGUAAAAGGUUUAACACAAGAUCUGGAUUCAAAGUUACACGUGAUUGAAGACUUGAAGAAUGAGCUGCUUCAGCGACCUGGGAUUGAAGAUGUUGCUGUGUUGAAGAAGGAGCUUGUCCAGGUCCAGACGCUGAUGGACAAAACAACGCUAGAUGCUGAAAAAGAAUCAGAGAAGCUGAAAGAUGAGUGCAGACAGCUGCAGGCACAAAUCUCUAACUCUGAGGUGACUAUUACUCAACUGAAAGCUGAACUUGCUAAAGGCCCUCAAGAAGUUGCAGUUUAUGUCCAGGAAUUGCAGCAACUCAAAACUGCUUUGACUGAGUUAAAUCAAAAACAUGAUAGUUUGAUGGAAAAAUUUUUGAAGAAGGAAUUGGAUUACACCCAGCUUGAGGAGAAACAAAAUGAGGAGUCCACUGCAAGGAAAAACCUGCAAGUCCUUCUCAAUCAGAAGGACGUGGAGUUCCAGCAAUUGCAAGCUCGGCUCUCUGCAAGAGACAUGUCGCUGCAGACCGUUAAGGCUGAGGUGGGCGAGAAGGCUGAGACAAAUCAGAAACUAAAAGCGGAACUCUCAGAAGUCGAAACCAAAUAUCAGCAUCUCAAAGCCGAAUUUAAGCAGCUUCAGCAGCAACGGGAAGAGAAGGAGCAGCUUAGUUUGCAGCAGCAAAGUGAGAUCAAUCAGCUUCACAGCAAGUUACUGGAGACAGAGCGCCAACUAGGGGAAGCUCAUGGGAGGCUGAAGGAGCAGAGGCAGCUGUCUGCUGAGAAACUGAUGGACAAGGAGCAGCAGGUGGCUGAUCUACAGCUGAAACUCUCACGUGCUGAGGAGCAGCUCAAAGAAAAGACUUCCGCGUCUACUGACUUGCAGCAUCAAUUGGAAAAGAUAAGGCAACAGCAUCAGGAACAGACCAACCUCCAGCAGAAUACCACAUCCAAAUUGAGAGAAGCCCAAAAUGAUUUAGAACAAGUCUUACGGCAGAUUGGGGACAAAGACCAGAAAAUCCAGAACCUUGAAGCACUAUUGGAGAAAAGCAAAAAGAACAUUUCUCUUCUUGAAAAAGAACGAGAAGAUUUAUAUGCCAAAAUUCAAGCUGGUGAAGGAGAAACUGCAGUUCUAAACCAACUUCAAGAGAAAAACCACGCUUUGCAGGAACAGUUAACCCAGCUUACAGAGAAGUUAAAAAAUCAAUCAGAAAGUCACAAACAAGCCCAGGAAAACUUGCAUGAGCAGGUUCAGGAGCAGAAGUCCCAACUCAGAGCCUCCCAAGAUCGUGUCCUGGCACUUGAGGCAACACUUAAUGAAGUCACCAGUCAGCUAAAUGAGAGCAAAGAGAAAAUGGUUCAACUGGAUUUACAGAUCAAAGCAAAAACUGAACUUUUGUUAGCAGCAGAGGCAGCAAAGACAGCGCAAAGAGUAGAUCUUCAGAACCACUUGGAUACAGCCCAAAAUGCACUGCAGGAUAAGCAACAGGAAUUAAACAAAGUGAACGCACAACUGGAACAAGUAACAGCAAAGUUAAAUGACAAGCAGGAGUACAGCAUUCAACUGGAGGCGAACCUUAAGGAGUACAAAGAGAAGCACCUUAAUCUGGAACAGAAGUCUGAAGCUCUGGAAGGGCAGCUUAAGAAACUUGAAACAGAUCUAAUCAGUGUGAAAGCAAACCGGGAACAGACAACCCAGGAGCUGCAGCAGCAGAAGCAGCAGAGCGCUCAGAUGGAAUUGAAAUCUGCAGAGCUGAGCAAGCAGUUAGAAGAGGAGAAAGGACUGGUAUCAAGCAUGAAACUGGAACUACAGAAGAAAGUGGAGUCUCUCCAGCAGUCAAAGGAAUUCAUUUCAAAACAAGAUCAAGAAAGGAACAGUUUGAAGGAGAAUAUAGAAAAGUUAAAGCAAGACCUGGAGAAAAUAUCAGGCAAAAUGCAAGAUGCCGUGACAAGCCUAGAGAAAACCAAACUGGAGAGAGACGCUUUGCAAAAAGAUCUUGCAGAGACCAAGAAGAAAUUAUCUGAGAGCAGCAAAUCUUUACAGGAAUCAAGAGAUCAACUGGAAAAAGAAAAACUGAAAGGAAAGAAAACAGUUGAAAACAUGGAGAAGUCACAGGAAGAAGUGAAAUUGAAUCUACAAAGACAGGUGGAUGCAACUGCAAAGGAGGUGAAUGAGCUCAAGUCUAUGCUGGAAAAUAAGCAGGAGGAAUCCACCCAGACAAAGGCUGAGUUGGAUAAAGCCCGUGGCUACGUUGCAAAGCUGCACAGUGCUAUCAAAGAAAAGGAGAAAGCUGAGCAGGAGCUCCAGACAGAACUGAAAAAGAUGCAUGAAACUUCAGAUCAGGAGAAAGUGCAACACAAAUCUGAGAUUGAAGCCAUGACCACUCAGUUAGCACAAAAGGCAGAACAAGAAGGAAAAUUACAGCAGCAAGUGAAAGGAUUAACCAGUGAACUGGAAACUGAGAAAGGAAAAGUGUCUGAUCUGCAGAAGUCCCACAAACUCCUUCAGGAGAAAGUGAAUAGCCUUCAGUCAGAUAUGUACGGGAAAGAGUCAGAAGUAUCUGCAAUACGGCAGGAUCUGAAAAAUACAGAGGAAAAGCUUAUUCUUGCACAGGAAGAGCUAAAAACAAACAGGAAUGAAGUCAAUGGCCACAAAAAGCUUAUACAAGAACUAACUGCUGUGAGAGGGACCUUGGAGCAGGAUAUAGCUAAAAAUAAGAACUUGCUGAAGGAACGGGAAAAAAUACUGCAGGAACUGCAGGAGCAGAAGGUCUUAAUAGAGAAGGACAUAAGUGAUGAAAAACUGAAAGUAACUAAUCUAAACUCCUUAAAUGAGAAGCUUAAGGGAGAAUUAAUCCAGACUAGAGAAGAACUAAAGAGCAUCAAAGAUGAAUGCCAAAAGAAAACCAGCAGUUUUGAGGAUGCCAAACAGCUACUAAUCCAGCAGAAGCUGGAGUUGCAGGCCAAACUUGACAGCUCAGCUUCAGUUCUACAACAGGAAAAGAAUAGCCAACAGGCUCUGAAGGAGGACAUCAAGAAAAAGCAAGAGGACUGGAAAAAACAUAGCACGGAGAUGAGAGAGAAAUUGUCUGCAGAAGCAAAAGAAAAAGAAGAACAAAAGAAGAAACAUGAGGAGAAUGAGUCAAAGCUAAACAUGCAGAUUACAGCUUUAAAUGAGAACCUGGCAACGUUAAAGAAGGAAUGGCAGAGCAGCCAACGUAGGGUCGGUGAGCUGGAGAAGCAAACAGACGACCUGCGGGGAGAGAUUGCAGUAUUAGAAGCAACAGUCCAAAACAAUCAGGACGACAGACGUGCUUUGUUAGAAAGGUGUCUUAAAAGUGAGGGUGAAAUUGAAAAGCUCCAAGCCAAAAUUUUCGAACUGCGGAAAAAAGUAGAUGAAUCUUCUUAUGCAAUGGAGGAACUUGGCAGGGAAAACCAAUCACUACAGAUAAAGCACAACCAAGCACUCAGUAGGAAGUGGACAGAGGACCACGAAGUGCAGAACUGCAUGUCAUGUGGCAGAGGAUUUUCUGUAACAAUAAGAAGGCACCACUGUAGACAGUGUGGAAAUAUCUUCUGUCAUGAAUGUUCCUCGAAGAAUGCCUUAACGCCCUCCUCCAAAAAAGCUGUGCGUGUUUGUGAUACAUGUUUUGGUGACCUGCAAGGAUAGGAGCCACUCCCUCAAUAGAUACCUGCAAAUUACACAUAGUAUUUUUGUUAAUGCACUUCAUAAAGCACUCAAAGUACUUAUUUCUUUGGAUGAAGAUUGAUUGUAACCUUUGGCACCACAGUAUACCUUUGGAAAUAUUUUAUUGAUACAAAGUCAGAUAAUUGUAUUUUUCAUGACAACAUGAGGCCAGUUGAUGGUCUUUAUCCUGCCUUUAGCUUUCAGUCAAGAUUUUUUAAAUGUGUUUUUAGUUUGUUUGGUUUGGCUGCCUGUAAAUAGUAGGCUAACAAAGAGGCAACUGCGUAUUUUUAUACAUAAUUUCAGAGUAUACCAGGAAAUCAGUCCAAUAGUUUACUAAUAUUUGGGUUCGGUGGGAAUAAUAAUCUGGCUCUCAUGGUUUAUACCUUUCUUUUAUUAGGGGCAGCGACUUGCCACUGUUUCUAUUGUUCCUUUCCUAUUGCCAUUGUGCCCCGCUCUUGUAUUUUGGUUGUUGUUCUCCUUGUGGCUUGUGUCACACAUGGAGAAUAUCUGUAUUCUAACACAAGAUCCAUUCUUUCCUGUAGGAUCCUAAUAGUCUAUUUGCUGUACAAAACACAAUGAGAAAAUGCUGUUCACUAAACUCCCUGUGUGACCUAAGCCCUUGCCUCCACUGCUGCACAAAGCUGUACAAAAACGUUCACCUUCCUAGAAGCUAAACCCUAUUGAGAUAUUCUUAGAACUGUUAUAUAGCACCAAACAGAGCUGGAAGAAGGCCUUUUGUUUGUAAUAAAAUGAAAGCCCAAAAUGAAUCCUGCAGCUGUAUUUGCUCAGUGUCCCAGCCAUGGGAAGUGAAAGCAUCGUUUAAGCAGGUACCAUCAUUGCGGCUAGGAUGAAACUAUGUUAUUGGCCUUUUAAAGUGACACUGAUACAUCCAGAUUUAUACACGAGUGUGUUUCUUCCGGAUGCUUGCUAGCACUAAUGUAACCUGUUAAACUAACACCUUCCCUUACCUGUAGCCAAUCCCAGUUAUUUUUGUCUAUUAAUCUACAACACCUUUUCAGUGAUCGCUGCUGCAGCAGUAAUAUCCUUGGUGGUUGGGCAAUAGUGAUGUGUGGGCCGACAAAAAGCUGACCCUAACCUGUGUCAAACCUGUAUCUACCUCUGUUUAUAGACCCACGCCAACCCACGACAUCUCUGAUGUCAUAAAGAGGGUGGGAUGAAGCUGGUAUGCGCCUAUAAAUAGAGGCUACAGUAGGUGGAAGUGGGGUUUAGUAAGUUCACGGCUGUGGAGGGAAGAAGGUAAAGUUUGGACUGAACGUGCCGAUGACCAGCAAGUCUUGUGCACAUGUGGGGCUAAAGGGGGGGGGUGGGAGUCAAGGAAUGUGUCACUGUCACUUUAAAUAGACAACUCCUGCUCAAAAGUUAGUGGACUGUUGCUCUUUAUGUUAAAACUGAACAAGAGCUAAAGAUACUGCUGCAUUGUAACCCCAAGAGCCAUGUUUGGAAUAUUUCAUGGGUCUGCAAAUGCAACUCUGAGCAAAUUGUUCUUCCUUUUGAAACUACUGUUCAUUUUUCAUAUAGGCUUCACACUGUCCCUGUUUGUUCUCGUCAGCAUUUUAACUGACAAUAGUAAACACGAAUAUUAAUUUUACAUACUGGCUCAUGCGAAAUGCUAAACCACUUUAGUAGCUUCACGUGUGAGAGUUGAAUGCUGUUAGUAUUUUAUUAGUAGAUUUGGAAGAUUGUCUUAAUCCUGUGUUAUUCAGUAUGUGUACAAUGAUCAUCAUUUUUAGAA